AUGAGAAUGAUGACAAAAAUUUCUUCCGACAAUGACGUGCACAAAAUUUUUAGUAAGUUCAGAAAACAAAGAAAAGAAAUCUUAAAAAUACUCACCGACAACGGAAAAUUUUUUCAGGAAUGGUUCCUUCGAGACACUCCAAACAGACGGAUGUCAAAUAACAGCUUCGUCCUUCGAACUUCGUCUGAAAUAAUACGAUUACAAUAA